AUGCAGCGUUCGUCCAGACCUGCGUUCGACGACGAAGAGCCGCCUAUUGACUAUGGCGACAACGUCCUGGACGUGGAGCCUCUCGAGGCCAUUCAGUUGGAACUCGACGAGGGGGAAGACUCCGCGAUCUACGACUGGUUCCACAACCCGAAGCCGCUGGUCGAUACCCCGCACGUCAAUGGGUCGUCAUACAGGUAUUGGAACCUGACGCUCCCUAUCAUGGCCAAUCUCUAUCGGCUGGGUCGGACGCUGCUGUCGGGCCACACAAGUAGCAACUCCUCCUACCUCUUCGACAAGAAGUUGUUCUUCACCGCGCAGGCGCUCAAAAUGACGAUUCCCGGAGGUCCGAAGUUCGAGCCGUUGUACAGAGAUAUGAAUACGUUCGACGAGGACUGGAACGGGUUCAACGACAUCAACAAGGUCAUCAUCCGGCAGCAGAUCCGGACGGAGUACAAGGUCGCGUUCCCACACCUGUACAACUCACUUCCCCGGUCCGUCCGUAUAUCCCCUUACCACACCCCGAAGAACGUCUACAUUCGCACAGAUGACCCCGACCUACCCGCUUUCUACUUCGAUCCUCUCAUCAACCCUAUUUCACUGCGCGGCUUCACUCCGAAGAAUGUGCCACUCGUAUCUCAUGAGGACAUGGUCUUUGGACCUAACGACGCUGAUGACGACGAUUUUGAGCUCCCCGAUGAGGUUGAGCCCUUCCUCGAGGACAAGCCCCUGGAGAGUGAUCUGACUGCGGACGCUAUCGCGUUGUGGUGGGCGCCUGACCCGUACAACCGCCGCUCAGGGCGUAUGCGCCGUGCGCAGGAUAUCCUGCUCGUGAAGAAUUGGUACCUCGAGCACUGCCCGCCGAACCAGCCAGUGAAAGUUCGCGUAUCGUACCAGAAGCUCCUCAAGUGCUUCGUUCUCAACGAGCUGAAGACGCGCCCGCAGAAACCCAUGUCGAAGAAGAACUUGUUCAGGCAGCUGAAGGCCACAAAAUUCUUCCAGACCACGCGGUUGGAUUGGGUUGAGGCCGGUCUGCAGGUCUGCAGGCAAGGCUACAAUAUGCUGAAUCUACUCAUCCACCGAAAGAACUUGAACUACCUGCACCUCGACUACAACAUGAACUUGAAGCUAGUGAAGACGCUGACGACGAAGGAGCGUAAGAAGUCGCGAUUCGGAAAUGCCUUCCACCUGUGCCGCGAGAUCCUCCGUCUUACGAAGCUGGUUGUCGACGCGCAUGUUCAGUUCCGUCUCGGCAAUGUCGACGCGUUCCAGCUCGCCGACGCACUGCAGUACAUCUUCGCGCACAUCGGUGCCCUCACGGGUAUGUACCGGUACAAGUACAAGUUAAUGCGACAAGUGCGGAUGACAAAGGACCUCAAGCACCUGAUCUACUACCGCUUCAACACCGGUCCCGUGGGCAAAGGACCUGGCGUUGGCUUCUGGGCCCCAGGUUGGCGUGUCUGGUUGUUCUUCAUGCGCGGGAUCGUUCCACUGCUUGAGCGUUGGCUCGGAAACCUGCUCGCGCGUCAGUUCGAGGGUCGUAACAGCAAGGGUAUCGCGAAGACGGUCACGAAGCAGCGUGUCGAGUCGUAUUACGACCUCGAGCUGCGCUGUCGCGCCGCGGUCAUGCACGACAUCCUCGACAUGAUGCCCGAGUCGAUCAAGCAGAACAAGGCAAAGACGAUUCUGCAGCACCUGUCUGAGGCAUGGCGUUGCUGGAAGGCGAACAUUCCUUGGAAGGUUCCUGGAAUGCCAACCGCCAUCGAGAAUAUCAUUCUUCGUUACAUCAAGAGCAAGGCUGACUGGUGGACGUCUGUCGCGCACUACAACCACGAGCGUAUUCGGCGUGGUGCGACUGUUGACAAGGCAGUUGUGAAGAACAACCUUGGACGUCUCACUCGGCUGUACCUCAAGGCUGAGCAGGAGAGGCAGCACGGGUACCUCAAGGAUGGUCCGUACAUCAGCGCCGAGGAAGCCGUUGGGAUCUACACGGCCACUGUGCACUGGCUCGAAAGCAGGAAGUUCUCGCCCAUCCCCUUCCCACCGCUGAACUACAAGUACGACACCAAGCUGUUGGUGCUUGCGCUGGAAAAGCUCAAGGAGGCGUCCUCCGUCAAGGGUCGUCUCAACCAGUCGCAGCGCGAGGAGCUGGCGCUCAUUGAGCAGGCGUACGACAACCCGCAUGAAUGUUUGUCGCGCAUCAAGCGUUUGCUGCUCACCCAGCGCGCGUUCAAUGAGUCGGGUAUCGAGUUCUUCGACACGUAUGACAAGCUCAUCCCCUGCUACGACAUUGAGCCGGUCGAGAAGAUCACGGAUGCCUACCUUGACCAGUUCUUGUUCUUCGAGGCUGACAAGCGCGGUCUGUUCCCUGCCUGGAUCAAGCCCGCCGACACUGAGCCACCUCCGCUUCUCGUCUACAAGUGGUGUCAGGGCAUCAACAACUUGACCGACGUCUGGGAGACGAGCGAGGGCGAGUGCAACGUACUCAUGGAGACGGUCCUGUCGAAGGUGUACGAGAAGAUCGACUUGACGCUGCUCAAUCGGUUGCUACGUCUGAUCUUGGAUCACAACUUGGCGAACUACAUCACGGCGAAGAACAACACCGUCUUGACGUACAAAGAUAUGGCGCAUACGAACGCCUAUGGUCUGAUCCGUGGCCUCCAGUUCUCUGCCUUCGUCUUCCAGUACUACGGUCUGGUUCUCGACCUGCUCAUCCUCGGUCUCCAGCGUGCGAGUGAGAUGGCUGGCCCGCCGCAGAUGCCUAACAACUUCUUGCAAUACCGUGAUUCUGCAACUGAGACGCGCCACCCUAUCCGUCUGUACUCGCGUUACGUCGACCGCAUUCACAUCCUCUUUCGCUUCACUGCGGAGGAGUCCCGAGACCUGAUCCAGCGAUACCUCAGUGCUAACCCUGACCCGACGAACAACAACGUCAUCGGGUACAACAACAAGAGGUGUUGGCCUCGGGACUGUCGUCUCAUCAAACACGACGUCAACCUUGGCAGAGCCGUGUUCUGGAACGUCAAGCAGAGUUUGCCUCGGUCCCUCACUACGAUCGAGUGGGAAGACACAUUCGUCAGCGUGUACUCGAAGAACAAUCCGCAGCUCCUCUUCUCCAUGUGUGGGUUCGAAGUUCGCAUCCUGCCCAAAGUACGGACGAUGGGUGGCGAACAGUUCUCGCUGAAGGAUGCCGUUUGGAACCUCACCAACGAGCAGACGAAGGAGCGCACUGCUCAGGCCUUCUUGCGCGUGUCUGAUGACGGUGUCCAGCAAUUCAACAACCGAAUUCGUCAGGUCCUGAUGAGCUCGGGAUCGACGACAUUCUCCAAGAUAGUCAACAAGUGGAACACCGCGCUGAUCGGUUUGAUGACGUACUACCGUGAAGCUGUCAUCCAUACAAACGAGUUGUUGGACGCUCUCGUCAAGGCCGAGAACAAGAUCCAAACGCGUGUCAAGAUUGGCUUGAACUCCAAGAUGCCGUCGCGUUUCCCGCCGGUCGUCUUCUACACACCGAAGGGAUUGGGUGGUCUCGGCAUGCUGUCGAUGGGUCACGUUCUCAUUCCCCAGAGCGAUCUCCGGUGGUCGAAGCAAACAGACGUUGGGGUCACUCACUUCCGUGCCGGUAUGUCCCACGAGGAGGACCAGCUGAUUCCGAACCUCUACCGGUACCUCCAGCCUUGGGAGGCGGAGUUCUUGGAUUCGGCUCGCGUAUGGUCGGAGUACUCGAUGAAGCGGAAGGAGGCGAACGCUCAGAACCGCCGUCUCACCCUCGAAGACCUCGAGGACAGCUGGGAUCGCGGUAUCCCCCGUAUUAACACGCUAUUCCAGAAGGACAGGCAUACGCUCGCUUACGACCGCGGCUGGCGUGUGCGCACCGACUGGAAGCAGUAUCAGCUGCUCAAGCACAACCCUUUCUGGUGGACGUCUCAGCGCCACGAUGGCAAGUUGUGGCAGCUCAAUAACUACCGUGUGGACGUCAUCGCCGCCUUGGGAGGUGUUGAAGGUAUCCUCGAGCACACGCUCUUCAAGGGUACCUACUUCCCGACGUGGGAGGGUCUGUUCUGGGAGAAGGCGUCCGGAUUCGAGGAGUCGAUGCGUCUCAACCAGAUUCCCAACCGUCGGUUCACUCUCUGGUGGAGUCCUACCAUCAACCGUGCCAACGUCUACGUUGGCUUCCAGGUCCAGCUCGACUUGACAGGCAUCUUCAUGCACGGCAAGAUCUCCACGCUCAAGAUCAGCUUGAUCCAGAUCUUCCGUGCCCAUCUUUGGCAGAAGAUCCACGAGAGUGUCGUCAUGGACUUGUGCCAGGUGUUCGACCAGGAGCUCGAGCCGUUGCAGAUCGAGACCGUCCAGAAGGAGACUAUCCACCCACGUAAGAGUUACAAGAUGAACUCGUCUUGCGCCGACAUCCUCCUCUUCUCCGCGUACAAGUGGAACAUCUCCCGACCCUCGCUUGUAACCGACAGCAAAGACGUUCUCGAUGGCACGACCAGCAACAAGUACUGGAUCGAUGUCCAGGUCCGAUGGGGAGACUUCGAUACGCACGACAUCGAACGGUACACGCGUGCGAAGUUCCUGGACUACAUCUCAGACUCCAUGAGCAUCUAUCCUUCGCCAACCGGUGUCAUGAUCGGCAUGGACCUGGCCUACAACCUCUGGUCUGCGUACGGUAACUGGUUCCCGGGUAUGAAGCCGCUUAUCCAGCAGGCAAUGGCGAAGAUCAUGAAGGCCAACCCUGCUUGCCACGUCUUGCGCGAGCGUAUCCGCAAGGGUCUGCAGCUUUACUCGUCAGAGCCCACCGAGCCGUCCCUCAACAGCCAGAACUACUCCGAGCUCUUCCACAAACCAGAUCAUCUGUAA